GCUCUCUUUCCGGCGCGAACUGAAGAAACACCCACCGAAAUCGUCUCCGCGCCUUCCUUUUUCUUUCUUUAACUCGCUCUUCUCUUUCCCCCCUUCUUAUUACCAUCAAGCUGUCAAACCCCUUGUUGUCCCCCUCCCCCUCCUCCUUCCUGCUCCAAUUCACCAUCCCCUUCUCGUACUCCUUCUAGCCGAUCGCGGCACUCGAGAUCCCCUUGUGACCCGAUUCGGGCGAUUCCCCCGUGGAAACUCGGCCCGUCUCGAUUUGAUUUCAUCAGCUGGAGCUUUGUCUUCUGUGUAGGACCUCCGUGGGCUUUGGCAUCUUGAGAUCAUUCAUCCUAUGGAUAGAGAGGCUGAGAAGGAAAGUGGUAAGCACUUGAAGGUUCAUUUUGACGACACCUGCAAUGAAACACAUACGCUACCGAGAAAAAAAGCCUCUCCUUCUUCUUCCUCUUCUUCAUUGGAGCCCGACUCUUUGUCGGAUUCAACCCUCACCGAUCGAGAUGAGAGUGAUUCCUUGCCGAAAUCGAAUCGUUCUUCGCAAGAUCUCGAAGGACUCUUCCCAUCAGAGAGUUAUGCUCAAGCUCCAAUCUCGAGCACACAUGGCGAGAUCACCUCUCCGCUUCCCUUGAGUUACAUGGCAGGACGACCUGCUGGCUAUGACCCGAAUAGGAUUCCAGCAGCUGUCUUUAGUAGCAAGCCGGCGAACCCGACGGACUGGAGUGUCGCUUCUAAUGAAUCCUUGUUUAGCAUUCACAUGGGAAACAACAGCUUCUCUAGGGAUCAGGCUUUCUUGCUGUAUAAGUCGGGUGAAUUAACCAAGCUCGAUGAGGUGUUCAGCGUCCCAACCGCCCUGCCCCCUGUGGCAGAGGCUGUGGGGCCUCAGCAGGAAAGCCCGAGAUCAUCGUCCGUGAACCAGAUUGCUGAUUUAGCGAAGCCAUCACCCCAAAUAACUGAAUUACUCCCCGACGAAGCGUCUCCCAGAUCCAGCAACGUAGAUAUCAAGAAAGGUGAAGAUGACAAUGCCAAGGAAAAGAUGCAACCUACUGAGCAUGUCCGAAAUUCCACGAGCAUGUCUACUCGGUCUGACGGGAGCGGCACGAGCACCGCUUCCUUUGCAUUCCCAAUACUGGGAGGGACGUCAGAAGGAAAGAAGCCCUCGAUGAAGGAGGGAUCGAAGAACGAACACUCGUCGGAGUUAUUGCCGGAGCAAUCUCAGCGAAGGCAAGCGACAACAGGGAGGACUACUUUGACCAACUGGUUCUCUUGCUUCUCUUGCUGUUCGUUCCGCUGUUCGAUCUCUCUCAAGCCGAAAAGCAACGUAAUGAGCUCAAAGGCAACGGAAGUCCAUAUACAAAAAACGAUGCCGUCGCAUUAUCUGAUGCGCCGGUGUAACCCAAUUCCUGUCGAGUUUCCAAAAGCUAGAGAACGUGCAAAGAUCUAUAAGAAGAAGAAGAAGAAAAAGGAAACAGUGAAGACGAGGAAGAAGAAGAAGAAGAAGAACAACAACAACAACAGCAACAACGAAGAAGAAUGA